ACAAAGUACUCAUGGCGGACACGCUCAAGAAGCUGCAAGAAGACGAAGACAGUAUCGGAUCACUAAGGCAAAGUUCCGGCACUGGUGACACUGCAUAUGUCAAAUAGUUGCCUAUAGAAGCAUAGCAUGUGUAUGUUAGACUCACAUGAAACACAAAAUCGAAUUUGCCCGAAGCAGCCACACUUGACCGGGACAUGCCCGCCUGAAGAGAAGUCGCCAUGCUCUCCAGGGUGUGUUUGCUGUCGCUAUCUAUGCUUGCGGCCGGCUGUUUCAGGCAAUCCCGUGGCAGUUGAUUGCUGGGUUGGUGUUGAGCCUGGAGGCCGCGCGUCGCCACGCAAACCCAGCCAGCGAGUCAGCGACUUAUCUCAAGACAUCAUCACACCCUGCCCUUACCCUCCCAUCACACCCUCUCCAAAGCACAUCUGCCUCACUCAGCCUACAAUGCAGCUCCUCCUCAAGGCAGAUCGCACCACCGUCCUCAGCACAGAGGAUCUUGCCUCUCUCCCCGCCUGCAUUCAGGCGCACACACACAUUGCGGCACAAGACCAAGUACUCACCUCUGCCGGCCGGCCCCUUGACUUGGCGCGGCUUCAAGAUGGACAGACCAUCAUGGUUAGUAUGCGUAUGCCAGGUGGCGCACCCAAGAAGCGUUGCCAAAAGGCGGACUGCUCUGUGCCUGCGCUCCGUGGACUCGACUGCUCCCUGUGCGCGGGCCACUUCUGCGCAAAACACCGGUUACUGGAGCAACAUGCCUGCUCAGGCUUGGCAAGCGCAAAGGAAGAGCUCCGGCGGCAAAACAGGGAGACAUUGGAGCAACAGAAGUGUGUUGCUGCCCGGGUGAACUGAUCGAUUUCCCACACAAUCUCCAUUGCGAUCUCCAGCAUCUUCGCUCCUCUUCCUCGCUCGUGUGCGCGGCCUCAAUAAUGAUCCCUAGAAUGGCUGCGCUCGGGCGGCCUAGCGCUAGAACACCUUCAUACCCAAUUUUUUAAUGCUGCUCCGUGUCUAUCAGGAAUAGCUGC